CGGCACUUACUUAGGUGCUAUGGCGAGGCGCAUCCCAGUACCUCAGCUCGAGGGCGUCACGCGCGAAGAGUUUCUGCAGCGCAUUUAUCCGCAGAGAAAGCCAGUAGUGCUGAAAGGAAUUGAUCUUGGGACAUGUACUACCAAAUGGACAGUGGAUUACAUCAGCCAAGUAGGAGGAACUAAAGAGGUGAAAAUUCAUGUUUCUGCAGUUCCACAGAUGGACUUCAUCAGUAAGAAUUUUGUGUAUAGAACUUUGCCUUUUGACAAGUUUAUACACAGGGCAGCAGAAAACAAGCACACAGAGUUCUUUAUUUCAGAGGAUGAGAAGUACUACUUGAGAUCACUUGGUGAAGAUCCUAGAAAGGAUAUUGCAGAUAUCAGAAAACAGUUUCCUUUAUUAGAAGGAGAUAUUAAGAUUCCAGAAUUCUUUGAAAAGGAACAGUUCUUUUCUAGUGUCUUUCGUAUUAGUUCACCAGGAUUACAGCUUUGGACUCACUAUGAUGUUAUGGAUAAUUUCUUAAUCCAAGUGACAGGGAAAAAACGUGUUGUGUUGUUCAGUCCUCGAGAUGCCCAGUAUUUGUAUUUAUCAGGUACUAAAUCAGAGGUGCUGAAUCUGGAGAACCCAGAUCUGAAUAAAUAUCCACUAUUUUUCAAAGCCAGGAGGUUUGAAUGUGUCCUUGAAGCAGGAGAUGUAUUGUUUAUUCCUGCUUUAUGGUUCCAUAAUGUGAUUUCAGAAGAGUUUGGAGUAGGAGUGAAUGUUUUUUGGAAGCACCUUUCUUCUGAGUGCUAUGAUAAGACAGAUACCUAUGGAAACAAAGAUCCUACAGCAGCCUCAAGAGCUAUACAGAUUUUGGACAGAGCCUUAAAAACACUUGAUGAACUACCAGAGGAGUAUAGGGAUUUUUAUGCACGACGAAUGGUCUUACGAAUUCAAGACAAAGCUUUUAGCUCUAACUAUGAAUAGUGCACUAAAAUGAACUGCUUAGAAAAUUCACAUACAUUGUACAGAAAAAUUAAAUAAAAAUUAUUUUUUAAAUUUU